AUGUCCACAAAUCAAGAUCCCAACGUCCAGCAAGUAAUGAUGUAUCAACAAGCAGGGUUUGCAGGCUAUCAAACGGGAAAUAAUAACGUAGGAACAUGGUCCCAACAGCAACCUCAAACCAUGUUUCCCAUAGCUUUCCAAGGCGAAGUUAGCUCUUACGGUGAAAAGAAUGCGUAUACUACUUAUAAUCCUAUGCAAUUCUGUGGAAAUAGUGGAGAGAGUGAUUAUUAUCGUUCCCAAUAUGCUACUGGAACCCCAUAUAGCCAUGCACAGCCAACUGCCCAGUGGAGCCAACAACCCGCUUAUCAAACUGCUACUGGUUAUGCUAGUCAGCAACCAAUUUUUGGAACUUAUGCUGCAGCUGAUCAGAGAGAAGCUACCCGAGGCCCUACUUUUAAUCCCGGUGCACCCCCUCCUAAUAUGAAUCGCCCUCCCCCUAUUCUUAAAAGAGAAAAUGGUGAUAAUACAUUUCACGCAAGUUUAUCUGUUUUGGAAAACCCUGCUCAAACCGCUGCAGCUUAUACUGCUAGUUGGGUGAGCAGUACCUCAAGCAUUCCACCUGAUCUCAAAGAUGAACCCGAGUAUGGUAAUCUCCCGAGAGAUGACAUGAAUGUUUUUGCUAACUUUUCAGAUCAGUUCAAUACAAUGACCAUUCAUGAUAGCUAUAAAACUCAUCGAGAUAUUGGGCAGUGGGAUAACAAACCCAAUCUGCAUUCCCAACAGUGGCCUGGUUUAGGGCAACAAGAUGAUGCAAGCCGUAACAAAAAACAUGAUAGAGAUCGACGACCCCGUGAAGAUGCUCGUGAGCUCACAUGGGAUGAGCGAUUAAGAAAAGCUCAAGUCCAUAAGGAACGUGUCGAACAAAAUGGCGAAAAAGUAGAACGUGAACGGUUUGAGCAAAUGGAUCGCAAUCGCGGAUCCCUUCGUGGUAGAGGAGGGCGUGCAGGAUUUAGAGGCAUUGAUAAUAGGGAUAAUCGAGCAAGAGAUGGCGAAAAUAAUCGUUUCUUGCCCAACAUUUUGCAUGAUUCCCAGAAUAGAGGCGGUUUUCGGGGGCGCGGAGCAAUGGCUAAUGGAAGGGGCGGAAAUGUAGGCCCCCCAAUAGGUCCUCCUCCAAUGAAUCCUGUUAUAUAUCAAGGUCAACCCUCCGUGCUAUUCCAAACCCGUGGAGCUCAGUUUGUUCAAGGACCUUCGCCACAUCCACCUCCUCAUCAUCUUGUGAAUGUUCCUCAAGACGAGAGAUUCAAGAAUACCUGGCUUGACGCUAAUGCCUACUAUCCCUACCCGGUUCCAUUUGCGCCUAUGCCUUACGGCAUGGAUCCCCGCUUUGCUCGGGGUCGUGGUUUCAGUGGUCCGCUGCGGGGCGGAAGAACAUUUGGCACUAGAAAUGGUAAAAAAGAUGAUGAAAGAAAACUUAAUAAUGAUGAAUCCUCCUUUGAAGAGCAUGAAAAAAGCCCUGAGAUGGUAAAAGAAGUCCCUGUAAUCGAAAAAGACAACGAUGAAUCAUCAAAAAAAGAGAAUGUUGAGACCUCUUCUUAA